AGGUUUAAGAUCAAGGUAGGCCUUGCGGGUGCGUGCUGAGAGACAGCACUGCUGAGAAUAAACCGUUCGAACCUGAUCAGGGUAACGCCUGCGCAGGGAUUUGGCCGACCUGCUCCUCAUGAACUCCUUGGCUGGACGAUUUGGAGGCAUGCUGUGCCGUGCACAGCGCGCUUCUCUGGGUUGUCGCGCCAAGUCUGCUUUGGUGUCUGCGGUGCCCUCGGAUCCGGCUGCCUACGUGGCCGGCAAGUUGGCCCACUUUGACUCCAUGCAAUUCACACCCAUCCGCGAGAGCACUGUGAGCCGCGAGAUGACGUCGCGCUACAUGUCGGAGAUGAUGGAGUAUGCGGAGACGGAUGUGGUGAUCGUGGGGGCUGGUUCUGCCGGGCUUUCGUGUGCCUAUGAGCUCACCAAGCAUCCGCACAUCAAGGUUGCAAUCCUGGAGCAGAAUGUUGCCCCGGGUGGUGGCUGCUGGCUGGGUGGCCAGCUGAUGAGUUCUAUGGUGGUUCGGAAGCCUGCUCACGAGUUCCUGGACGAGCUAGAAGUGCCUUAUGAUGACAAGGGCGACUAUGUGGUGGUGAAGCAUGCCGCACUCUUCACGGCCUCCGUUCUUCGCAAGACGCUGAUUGCACCCAAUAUCAAGCUGUUCAACGCUGUGGCAGUGGAGGAUUUGCUUGUGAAACAGGAGGGUGACAAGGUGGGAGUGCGGGGCGUGGUCACAAAUUGGUCCCUGGUCACCCAGAACCAUGACACCCAAUCCUGCAUGGACCCACAAGUCAUGGAGGCCAAGGUGGUCGUGACCGCAACUGGGCACGACGGGCCCAUGGGGGCCAGUUCUGCCAAGCGUCUUGAAUCGCUUGGCGCGCUUCCAGCCGGACUACCAGGAAUGGGCGCCUUGGACAUGAACACUGCGGAAGAUGCAGUGGUGCAGAUGACCAGUGAAGUGGUACCUGGGCUGAUUUUUGCAGGCAUGGAAGUUUCAGAGGCCCGCGGGUGCAACAGGAUGGGCCCCACGUUCGGCGCCAUGCUUUUGUCAGGCCAGAAAGCCGCAAAUCUGGCGGUGCAGAUUCUGAACCGUCAAGGCUAAGCCGGGCCUUGGAGAGGCUUUGGCUGAAGGGGCCCAAUGUAGACCAAAACCGCUACAUGUGUUUGUCGAUUGCUUGCUCGUUGUUCUUUUUUGGUCUUUCUGCAGUGGUUCCCUUGUGGGUAGCACCCAAGUUCCCAGUAUCUUGACAGGGCUCGGACGACAGUCCAGAGCCCGGGCAACAUCGGAUGUCGCACCGAUCGAUCUUGGAAGAGCAGAGGCUUUUCCGAGAGGUCGGAGGAGCCCGAUCUUUGAACAGAUUUUGGCUGAGAGUCCAUGCCAUGAACAGCCACGGAAUCUCAGCGCUGCCCGUGUUGGGUUUUGUGGGGUUUGAUGCAUCCACAUGGUGGCUGAAGCCCCUAGCAAAGCUUUCCUAGCAGCCGUCCUCACUUUCACCCCCCCGCACCUCGUGGUUUACUUCAUGUGCAAGUCGGUCGGGUGGUCAGUCGGUGAGUCGAAGGCCGGCCCAAAUCUUGC